CGCAGCCCGUCCUGACCGCUGAAAAACUUGUUGUUGUCGGGGAAAAUGGCGUCAAACGUAGAAGCCCCGGAGCGCUGGUACCUCGCCCUACUCGGCUUCGCGGAGCAUUUCCGAACCUCCAGCCCUCCCAAAAUACGCCUGUGCGUGCAUUGUCUCCAAGCCGUGUUUCAGUUUAAGCCGCCACAGAGGAUUGAGGCCCGUACGCAUCUCCAACUGGGCUCGGUUCUCUACCACCACACCAAGAACAGCGAGCUGGCCCGCAGCCACCUGGAGAAGGCGUGGUUUAUUUCCCAGCAAGUCCCUCAAUUUGAAGAUGUCAAGUUUGAAGCUGCAAGCAUUUUAUCUGAACUAUUCUGCCAACAGAAUUUGGUGGACUCUGCAAAGCCUCUUUUGCGCAAGGCCAUCCAGAUUUCUCAACAAACACCAUAUUGGCACUGCAGGCUACUGUUCCAGCUGGCGCAACUUCACACACUGGAGAAGGACUUGGUGUCGGCAUGCGACUUACUGGGCGUCGGAGCAGAGUAUGCCCGCGUGGUGGGCUCAGAAUACACCAGGGCGUUGUUUCUCCUCAGUAAAGGAAUGCUACUGCUAAUGGAGAGGAAGCUAGGGGAGGUGCAUCCCCUGCUUACGCUGUGUGGAACCAUCGUAGAGAACUGGCAGGGAAACCCUAUCCAAAAGGAGUCCUUGCGGGUCUUCUUCUUGGUCUUGCAGGUCACACACUACUUGGACGCUGGACAGGUAAAGAGUGUUAAGCCGUGCCUGAAGCAGCUACAGCAGUGCAUCCAGACCAUUUCUACACUCCAUGACGAUGAGAUUCUGCCCAGCAACCCAGCUGACCUCUUCCACUGGCUACCGAAGGAGCACAUGUGUGUUCUUGUAUAUCUAGUGACUGUGAUGCACUCCAUGCAAGCGGGCUACCUGGAGAAAGCACAGAAGUACACAGACAAGGCUCUAAUGCAGCUAGAGAAACUAAAAAUGUUGGACUGCAGCCCGAUCCUUUCUACCUUUCAAGUCAUUUUACUGGAGCACAUUAUCAUGUGUAGGCUCGUCACAGGCCACAAGGCCACUGCAUUACAGGAGAUAUCACAGGUGUGUCAGCUUUGCCAACAGUCUCCCAGGUUAUUCACCAAUCACGCUGCUCAGCUUCACACGCUAUUAGGCCUCUACUGUAUCUCAGUUAACUGUAUGGAUAAUGCAGAGGCACAGUUUACGACAGCGUUGCGGCUCACCACACACCAGGAACUAUGGACUUACAUUGUCACCAACCUGGCCAGCGUCUACAUCAGGGAAGGAAACCGACAUCAAGAGUUGUACAGCCUCCUAGAGAGAAUAAACCCAGACCACAACUUCCCAGUCAGCUCACAUUGCCUACGCGCCGCUGCCUUCUACAUCCGGGGACUGCUCUCCUUCUUCCAAGGCCGCUACAACGAGGCAAAACGGUUCUUGAGAGAAACACUCAAGAUGUCCAAUGCUGAGGACCUGAACAGACUGACCGCCUGCUCGCUUGUUCUGCUGGGCCACAUCUUCUAUGUACUGGGCAACCACAGAGAAAGCAACAACAUGGUGGUCCCUGCCAUGCAGCUCGCCAGCAAGAUCCCCGACAUGUCUGUGCAGCUUUGGUCCUCUGCGUUAUUAAAGGAUUUAAACAAGGCGCUUGGCAACACCAUGGACGCCCACGAAGCAGCCCAGAUGCACCAGAACUUCUCCCAGCAGCUUCUGCAGGACCACAUCGCAGCCUGCAGCCUUCCCGAGCACAAUCUCAUCAGCUGGACCGAUGGCCCUCCUCCUGUCCAGAUCCAAGCCCAGAACGGCCCCACUACCAGCCUAGCAAGCCUGCUAUGAGGAGGACUUUGUAUGUAUGUGUGUGUGACUGUGAGUGCGUAUGUAUGUAGUUGGUACAUUGUCACACGCAACCAAAUGACAUCUUAAAAGUUUCUAUCAUUUUAGUCCAGAUUAGAAUACAGUGGUACCGCGGUUUUUGUAUAAUUCGGUUUUACACCAACAUUUUUAUCAAGAAUGUCUGUUAUAGUACGAAUCAAGGAUGUCUGUUAUAGUAUGAAUAAACACAUUCGUAAUAAACACAUUCGUACUAUAACAGACAAUCUUGAUUCGUACUAUAACAGACAUUCUUGAUGAAAAUGUUGAAAUUUUUAUCAAGAAUGUCUGUUAUAGUACGAAUAAACACAUUUUUUAAAAUUCAGUCCUAUAGACACAGCUCUAAUAUACAGUAAAAUUCCAAUCGAAGUCAACAAGGCUCUGGUUUCCAGAGUGUCAGCGAAUUCACCACGCCUCUAUGGUAAAUUUAGCCAAACAAUCAAGAGUAUUAUGGCACUUACUGGCUGCCCUCUGUAGUUUGGGACAGAGCCUCGUCUUGCACUAAUAGCUUGAUUGCAGAAGUGGAAUUUGUGGGCUCUGAGAGAGUUGCAAGCGUAGCAGAGUCACGACGGUGACUUUGAGUAGAAUUUUACUGUAUUUUAGAUAGGGGUGUAACGGUACACUAAAAUUUCGGUUCGGUACGUACCUCGGUUUAGAGGUCACGGUUCGGUUCAUUUUCGGUACAGUAAGAAAACAACAAAAUAUACAUUUUUUGGUCAUUUAUUUACCAAAUUUGUAAACAAUGGCUUUAUCCUUUUAACAUUGGGUACAUUAUUAUAAUCCUACCCACGUUAAUCCACAUUAAACCGCCUCAAAUUGGUUUUUUUAUUAAAUAAAAUGACAAAACCUUUCUUAUACUUAUAAAAAGUGCAACAUUAAACAGUUUCAAGUCAACUCAUCAUGCUUAAUUUAUUACAGCAUUUGGGAAGUCUGUAGAUGACUUUUAUUAUACACAUGCACACACGCGCACACACACACGCACAGCAAAAUGAGCUAACGUAACGCUAAAAGAUAAUUAGCCUUCACCUCAACUAUGAGAGAGCUGAGCUACAGUUUAAGUUUCUAGAAGGUCAACGGGCUCAAAGUGAUGUUUGUAAUAGUUGUGACUGGGAAGGGUUUUUUAUAAUUUGGGGAGUGUACGAUGUCAGCUGCUCACCUGCUAAACACAUAUCUGCUCAUCUCGAUGCCGUAGCACUGACUCCAUGCUAUCUAAAUACGCACUGCUGAUUGGCUGUUACAUCGCUCUGAAUACGCACUGCUGAUUGGCUUUGUAUGUAACCAAUCAUAUGGUUGUGUGGGCGGACAAUACUGGGUGCUCACUGCUCAGACAGAGGCAGUUGCAGAGUAGCUUGUUAAGACUUUAGUUUACAAACUCGUUCGAUACACCUUCGUACCGAACCGAAACCCCCUUACCGAAACGGCUCAAUACAAAUACACGUACCGUUACACCCCUAAUUUUAGAGUUUUGUCUAUAUGACUGAAUUUUGAAAAAUGUGUUAAUUUGUACCAUGACAGACAUUGUUGAUGAAAAUGUCAACAUUUUCAUAAACAAUGUCUGUUAUGGUACGAAUAACAUUUUUUUUUUAAAUUCAGUCAUAUUGACAAAGCUCUCAAAUACAGUAAAAUUCCAAUCGAAGUCAACGAGACUGUGGUUUCCACCGUGUGAGCGAAUGCACCACACCAAUGGUAAGUUACUAGCGUUGCAGAGUCACGGCGGUGCGAUUGCAUAAGUUGACGUAAACAAAGUUGUGUUUUUGCUACAAGACGGGUGACAUUACCGGGGCGGUAUGGCUCAGUUGGUAGAGCAGCCGUGCCAGCAACUUGAGGGUUCCAGGUUCCAUCCCCGCUUCAGCCAUCCUAGUCACUGCCGUUGUGUCACCUUAUUUAAUCGCACCUUCGUGACUCUGCAACGCUUGUAACUCUUUCAGAGCCCACAAAUUCCACCUCUGCAAUCAAGCUGUUAGUGCAAGUCGAGGCUCUCUCCCAAACUACAGAGGACAGCCAGCAAGUGCCAUAAUACCCUUGAUUGUUUGGCCAUACUUCUGGUAGAGGCAUGGUGCAUUUGCUGACACUCUGGAAACCAGAGCGUCGUUGACUUUCAUUGGAAUUUUACUGUAUAUUAGAGUUUUGUCUAUAUGACUGAAUUUAUUAAAAAAUUUGUGAAAAUGUUACCAUUUUCUUCAAGAAUGUCUGUUAUAGUACGAAUAAACACAUUCGUAAUAAACGCAUUCGUACUAUAACAGACAUUCUUGAUGAAAAUGUCGACAUUUUCAUCAAGAAUGUCUUUUGUGGUACGAAUAAACACAUUUUUUUAAAUUCAGUCAUAUUGACAAAGCUCUAAUAUACAGUAAAAUUCCAAUUGAAGUCAACGAGACUCCAGAGUGUCAGCGAAUGCACCACACCUAUGGUAAGUUACAAGCGUUGCAGAGUCACGGCGGUGCGAAUGCAUAAGUUGACGUAAACAAAGUUGUGUUUUUGGCUACAAGACGAGUGACAUUACCGGGGCGGUACAGCUCGGUUGGUAGAGCAGCCGUGCCAGCAACUUCGAGCCCACAAAUUCCACCUCUGCAAUCAAGCUGUUAGUGCAAGACGAGGCUCUCUCCCAAACUACAGAGAAAAAAGCUAGUAAGCGCCAUAAUACUCUUGAUUGUUUGGCUAAACUUAUGGUAGUGGCAUGGUGCAUUUGCUGACACUCUGGAAACCAGAGUCUCAUUGACUUUCAUUGACAUUUUACUGUAUAAGAGCUUUGUCUAUAUGACUGGAUUGAAAAAAAAAAAAAAGUGUUAAUUCGUACUAUCAUAGACAUUCUUGAUGAAAAUGUUGACAUUUUCAUCAAGAAUGUCUGCGAUAGUACAAAUAAACAUUUGUAAUAUGACGGACUUUCUUGAUGAUAAUGUCAGCAUUUUCAUCAAGAAUGUCUUUUAUAGUACGAAUAAACACAUUUUUUUUAAAUUCAGUCAUAUUGACAAAGUUCUAUUGUACAGUAAAAUUACAAUCAAAGUUGACAAGACUCUGGUUUCCAGAGUGUCAGCGAAUGCACCACGCCUCUAUGGUAAAUUUAGCCAAACAAUCAAGAGUAUUAUGACAUUUACUGGCUGUCCUCUGUAGUUUGGGAGAGAGCCUCGUCUUGCACUAAUAGCUUGAUUGCAGAAGUGGAAUUUGUGGGCUCGAAGAGAGUUACAAGCGUUGCAGAGUCACGACGAAGUUGACGUAAACAAAGUGUGUUUUUGGCUUCAAGACGAGUGACAUUACCGGGGCGGUAUAGCACGGUUGGCAGAGCGGCCGUGCCAGCAACUUGACGGUUCCAGGUUCCAUAGCCGCUUACACCAUCCUAGUCACUGCCAUUGUGUCCUUGGGCAAGACACUUUACCCGCCUGCUCCCAAUGCCACCCACACUGCUUUAAAUGUAACUUAGAUAUUGGGUUUCACUAUGUAAAGCGCUUUCGAGUAACUAGAGAAAAGAUCUAUAUAAAUAUAAUUCACUUCACUUUGACAAAUAGGGUGAGAAACUCCAUUGAGUUUCAGAAAGUAAAGCAAGGAGGUGGUGUUUGUGAGUUCAUCCCCUGCUACCUUCUCUCCCAUGCCACUCAUCGCCAACAGGAGCUUUUAACAGAGUAAGUAUUUCUUAAUCCAUAUCAUGCAUUUUUGUGUUAACAUUUAUGUGUGCCUGGAGCAUAUACAUUGAAUUUACAUUAUUUGACUUUCAACCGAGCCUUUGGAAGAGAUUAAUUACCAAAAACCAAGGUACCACUGUCGAUCAUAGUUCCUGGUUCACUGCUACCACGUUAAUUUGCUGUGGAACAAUGACCACUACUGCUUGUCUAGUUUGAGCUGGACUCUGAGAACUUCUCCACUUCCACCGUUGAGACCCCUUCCUCUUCCUUUUCCAUUUCUCGGGAAAACCAGGUGACGGGUAGACAAGAGGGUAGUAAAGAUAUAGAAGUACUUAAUUUAUUCAUGUCAAUAUUUUUGUAUUCUGUUGUUAAAUAUUCGACCAUCAUACUUUCAUUGCAAUUGUUUUGGUUUGGUGUGGAUGCAUUUGUUUUCCACGUAUGGAAGUUACUGAUGUGGACUCCUUGUACAUUAGUCUCUGACCUGGGUUUGCAAAUAAGAUAUUCUGGGUAGAUAUUUUUUGCACAAAAUCCAUAUUAGAGAAGUAAAGACAUGUUGUAAUAUAUUUUUCACACAAUAAUCAGUUGAAACGUCAUGAAAUGUUUUUUGCAAUUUUUUUCGGCGUGAAUGCAUUUCUUAAAAAACAAACAAAAAACAAGCGUUCGGUUUUCAUUAUCAAUCGUUUCCAUGUCUAAGUUGAGUUUUAUAAUAUCAUUGUGUUGUGGCUUUUUUUGAAGAUGACACUUAUUUUUUUUCUUUUUCAUAAUAUAUUGAAUUGAUGUAUUCAUUUUUACAAAGUUCAGGUGUUUUUCAGCUAACUGUAACCUCCAGGUUGAUUUUUGUUUUUUUUUACAUUUUAUGGUCCCUGUUCUACUCUGUUUCCUUGACAGUUUUUUCUGUACAAAUUUGCCACUCAUUGAACAUUUUAUUGUACAGUGACAUUUUAUAAAAUUCAAUUUAGAAAAGUGUCAUGUAUUUUUAGCCCUAAUUAUGUAGAAUAAACUCAAUGCUUCGUAUUUAAGGCACUGUUAUGGACACAGUUUAAACUUGAGUACUAGUUGAACUCUAUUAAUAUCUACGUUUUUAUUGCUCAUGUUUUCAAUAAUUUUCCAAUAAAAGUGUAAAAUAUGGAA